AUGACCAAAUCACUUUCUUAUUUCGUUGUUCCUUCUUGUUGUUGAACGUAUAAUAAUAAAAAUGUAUUUUGUAAAUGUGAUAUGAAUAAUCAUGUUAAUAUUGAAUGUUUUAUAUGUUUACCACAAUUAAGUGUCUGAUAUUGAUAUUUGUGAAAUAAACGAAUCCUAUUAAAUCAAGUUUUUUGUUAGUGAAAUUCGGAAAGUACACAAAUGUAGUAAACUACAUGAAACAACAAAUUGUUUUUUAUUGCUGUGUAUAGGUCUGCUUUUUCAUAUAUAAUCAAUCAAAAUGGUGUCGUCAUCAAUGAAGAGUGGCCUCUAUCUUGGCUUCGGUUCAGUCCUUGUCGUCAUCGGUGCCAUAAUGGCGGCGUGCUGGCCGCCUCUAUUCAUGAAACAGUUGCAAAAAAUGAUGGUAUUGACGAACGAGUCAAUGUCGUUCGAGAUGUGGCGUGAACCGCCCGUCCCCAUGUACUUGGAGUGCUACCUUUUCAACAUGAGCAAUGUUGAUGACAUCCUCGCUGGCAAGAACGUGAAGCCUCGCCUGGUGCAGUUAGGACCCUAUGUCUAUCGGGAAAUACAUACCAAGGAGAACAUGACGUGGAACAACGAGAACAACACGUUGACCUACUUCAACCAGCGGUGGUGGCACUUCCAGCCGGAGAUGUCGAACGGCAGCCUCUCGGACAACAUUACCAGCAUCAAUCCAAUAAUAGUGAGCGUCGCCUACGAACUGCGGUACAACAAUGUUCUGGAGAGAAUACUAGCGAAUGCCUUCCUGAGACUCAUCCACGAGAACAUGUUCGUGACCGCCAACGUGACCUCGUGGCUGUUCGACGGCAUCGAGGACCCGCUGCUGAAUAUCGCCAGCCAGAUACCGUUCCUGCCAUACGACUUGCCGUACGAUAAGUUCGCGUGGUUUUACGAGCGCAACGGUUCGUUAACAUUCGACGGGUCGUUCAACAUGAACACGGGCGCUGCGGACUUCUCCCAGCUGGGGAACAUCGAGAUGUGGCAGUACUCGAACAGGACAAUGUACCGGGACGAGUGCGGCGCCGUGCGCGGCUCCACGGGCGAGCUGUGGGCGCCCGAGCUCGGCCAGCAGGAGGUGUACGUGUUCGCGCCCGACAUGUGCACAUACCUGAUCCUGCCCAUAGACAAAGAGCUCACCGUGGAAGGCAUAACCGGUGUUCAGUAUGCUGCCAACGAUUCUGUGUUUGACAAUGGACAUAAAUAUCCACAUAUGGCGUGUUACUGCGCGGCGCAGCGGGACGCGGACUGCGUGCCGGCGGGCGCGCUGAACGUGUCGGCGUGCCGGCUGGGCGCGCCCGCCUUCGUGUCGCUGCCGCACCUGCUGCACGCCGCGCCGCACUACCGCGACCGCGUCGACGGCCUGCACCCCUUGCCUGAGCACAACUUCCGGCUGACGUUGGAGAUGUUCACGGGCAUGCCGCUGGCUGUGUCCGCUCAGCUGCAGAUCAACUUUCUGGUGCGCCACUACGCCGGGAUGAGUUUGAACAACCAAUUGCCGGACGACACGCUGGUGCCGAUGUUCUGGUUCCGGCAGGAGGUGGUGGUGACGCCCGAGUACGCCCAGCAGGCCCGUACCGCGCUGCGGCUGCGGUACUGGGUACCGUACGCCUUCUAUGUACUCACUGCAAUUGGAUUACUCCUAUUAGUACCAGGUGUGGCCAUAUUGACGAAGCGGAAAAUGAACUCGCCGAGUACUGAACCUAUAAUCCACUCGGAAGCGACGGUCGCCGAGACCCAGUGACGAAUAACCAAACACAUGUGUACGGUACGAACUCAAAUUAUAUAUAUUUAUAAAUUUUGUACACCCCUUAUCCACCGACGGUACCCUAAUGUAGUGAUUACCCUAAUACCAAAUAGUUAAUAAAAUACACAGAGAUGGCGUUAGUGAGGCGAUAUAUUUUUAACGUCGGUUAUUCCUUAAUUUUUUUUUAAUAUAUAUUUUUUGAUAAGAAAUCGAUAAAAAGUCGAAAGAUGACGAAGGUGAUGAAGUUUCCAUAUCCAGAUUCGAUUUUAUUAAAAAAAAAAGAUUUCGUGCUAGUAGUGCUAUCUCUUGACUAUAUCAUGAAAUAAAAGUUGUCGUGUAAAUGUUGAGAGAUGGCGCUAGUGAGUCGAUUUAAUUUUAGCUCUAAUCCUCAUUUCCAGAUAUGACUUACAAAAAAAGCUUUCUAACUACUAGUGCCAUCUCUCUGUUAUGAGCUAUAAAAAGUGCAAUAGCUUUGUCUUUAAAAUGUUUAAGUACUGUACAUUUUUACUAUGUUUAAAAGUACUAUGUAAUUAUUGAAAUGUCGAGAGAUGUCGUUAGUGAGGCGAUACAGUUAUAGCGUCCUAAAACUUCUCUUCCAUACUACAGACAAUUGAUUGCCAAACUAGUGCCAUCUCUUAGCUAUAUUAACAACUACAUAAACGAAUGUAAAUAAAUUAAUUUGUUUAUUUGUUGUUUGAUUAUUUAGCAAUUAUAUAAUGUUUAUAAAUGUUAUUUAAUUUAAUUAAAAAAACAAUUCAUCGAAACUAUGAAUACGAUAUGAAAUUAUGUUUUUAAGGCUGUCUACACACCUACGGUUUCUUGAUUCCCGUGUCGGGAACCUAAGAUUUAAGUUAACAAAAUAUGGACAUAUAUUUUUAUACUUUCGUAUAAUUAUAGGAAAUCAAAUUUGGAGAUGCGUUCCCGACAUGAAAACUUAAAAUCCAUGCGUGUGUAGCCGGCCUAAGCCUUUUGACGUGACACACUCUUUUUACUAUAAAUAUAUAAAUUUAAAGUUAAAAACAAAUAAUUACAUAGAAGGCAUUCCUUCUAUGUAAUUCCUUUUUAUUUUAUCAUUAUAAAAUAAAAACUGUAAAUCAUAUGGUUGUCUCCUUUCUUCUUAUAGAAAUAUAAUUAGUAAAAAGAGGACGAAAGAUACACCAUCAGUUGGUAUUUUUCUCAAUUCAUAGCAGGCUAGUGUACAGAAAAUGUUUGAUAUGUCAAUUAUUUGUCAAUGACAAAUUUUACAUUACUAUAUCAUAUAUUCGACACGGUUUAUGUAGAAAGUAUGCAAGCAGGUUGUAUCUGAAUUUGGUAGGUUUUUUUGAUGGGUGAAAAUGGUAUGGCAACCCCGCCUGCGCUAACGGGAUACGCUGGCGGAGCACCAGUGAAGGGUGAUAGAUGAGAAUGAAAACAGGCCAGUUAGACCAUCAUGAUGAAUUCAUCAGGAAUUAACCAUGAUAGUUUCCAGGGGAACCGCGAUGAGGUCGACCUGGUUGGGUAUAUUGCUAGCAAUGGGAUUCUCAGUCUCCAUCACUAACAAUCCCUUUCCCCCCAAUUUGGUAGGGUUAUACGGCCGUAUAACAUUUUCUAUACACUAGUCUGCUAUGAAUUGACAAUUUUAUCACUCCUUCUAUGUAAUUCCUUGUUCUUAGGUUUAUACAUAAUUAAAAUUGCUACCAAUGUUGGGACCAAAAAGUUUCCGUGUUCUAGAAGUUUCUAGUAAUUUUUGUACAUGUCAGCACCGUGUUGCCUGAAUUCCUUAAUGUGUCUUAACCUAGUUGUAUGUUAUCGUUAAAGAAAGGAAUUUCAAAGUGAAUUUAGUACAUCACGGCGCCUUAACUGUUCAAGGAUUAAUUAUUAGGCUUGAAAAACUUUUACCAUUCGAUAGCUCGUUUCCUGAGAUAGGUUAUAGCUUUAACGUAAUGUGGUACGAUCAUAGGUGAAGCUACAGUACACAGCUAGUCAACUGUAAAGAUUUUUGAGCUUCCAAUGUUAAUAUUGUAUGUCUAACUGCCAACUUAGUGUCGGAGACUUGUUUUUCAGUUCGUAUUUGGGAAGGUAUUUAAUUUUACUAAUAAGUAAAUGAUAGUAAAUGAAAUCAUAUUUGUUUGUUGAUUUUAUUUGGCUUUAUAAUUGUAUCCUGUAUAAAUCAAACUAUUUAGUAAUCAGUAAUUAAUUUUUUUUUAAUAAAUAAAUAAAUAAAUGAAUAAAUUUUUGACAUUUACGUCAAACCAGUACCGGUUUUAGUUAGUUGAUAUUGCUAUUUGUUUUUGAAAAUACACAAUUGCGUUGUAGCCAUUUCGAUGUUUUUUUUUUUUUAUAAUUAUUACUAACUUGGACUGCAUUGUUAACUAGACCAUUUAAAUUUUAUUUAUUUUUAAUGAUUAUAAAAAUUGUAUGAUUAAAGUUUAAUAGAUAACUUGUAAAUGUAAAUUUAGGUUUAAUACUAUGAAUCCAUAUUCCAUUUAUGAAGCUUUGGCUUUCUAUAAAGUUUUAUUUUAAAGUAUUUUUUUUAAUAUAUUAUUUCAUACUA